UAACAUUGACCAGCAAUAGCAAUUGAUAAUUAUGGCCUUUGCUUGGGUCCAGCUCUUUUGAUAUGGCUCUUUCACUCUUGGUAAAAUUCAAAUGGUAUCCUAAGGCCUAAGCUAAGCAGCUAACUCCAGAUUUUCACUUGAAAGGAUGACAUUGUAACAGCUGGUGGUUCAGCCCUGUGGCAAGUGACAUGAAAAUUCUCUUGCCUAAUUUCUCAAAUAACAUUGUUUUGUAAAGAAGCACGUCUUGGGAAACAAAAAAUAAACACUAAUGAGAAACACAAAAUUGGUGACAAACCAUGUGCAAGAAAAUGUUUGAAAACAAUCUUUUCCAUUUUCUCGGAGGAGCACUCAAUGCACCACUUUACAUUUUCUUCUACUUGCUCUAUUGUGUCGUUCCUUUAAGAUGAUGAUUAUAAAUCUACCUAAACCAUGAAGAUUUUUUACUCCUUCGCUAAGUAGUAUAUUUGGAUUAUUCACAAAUUAUCCAAAAUAUAUAUUCGUUAAGAUGUAACAUUCAGAGAAGCAAAUUGUGGGACAACAUUAAUCGGAAAAUCAUCUGUCACUUGCAAUUUCUCAACUUUGAAGUAUGAUCAAGUUCAAAAGUUGGGCCCUACGUCUUCAGCUGAAAAAAGACCUAAGCUUUCUGACUUGGUCAAGCAAGCACAACUUCUCUUUUCCUCGAUUUUUUCCUUCCCUACCCUACCAGCUAGCAGGGUCCCCUACCUUUAAACAACGUUCCUCUUUACACCUUUUUUUUCUUUCUAUUUGAAUUUCAAAUUUAAAUGCUCAGAUCCAUACAGAGAGUUAACAGAAAUUACAUGCCAAUAAAAAAAUUAAGGGAGAAAAACAAAAACGGCAGUACAAUAAUCCUAGUAAUUUUUUCUGGUAACAUUCUAGUACUGUUCCAGGUUCCUAAGUUUGUUUUGUAGCUUGUCGUCUUAGAAAUUAGAAUGGGAGAUUCAGCUUGUCUUAUGCAAGCCUUCUCUUACGCUUCUGCCAUACCCAAUGAAGCUAAACAGGGGAACCGCAUGCAUGCUCUAGGGGAGUCCAUUUCUUUUGGGAGAUUUACGAAUGAAUCAUUAGCAUGGGAUAAAUGGUCGACGUUCUCUCACAAACGCUACGUGGAGGAAGCAGAGAGGUAUGCCCAACCAGGUUCUGUUGCCCAAAAGAAAGCUUUCUUUGAAGCUCAUUUCAAGAGAAUUGCUGCCCAAAAGGCUGCUGCUUUGCUUGAACAAGACCCCGAUGCAGAAAUCACACCAAAUAUUUUAACAGCAGAAAAUGCUGCUCCAGUACACAAGGGUCCUUUAACUCCUGUUGCUCCAGAGAAAGAACUAACCAAUGGUAUUGUGCGUGAGAACAAAGAAACAAUUUCAGGAUCAGAGCUUACUCAAACCUCUCAUACGGAGAAACCUUUGCUCAAGGUGAAGAGUUCCAGCUCUAAGCAAGACGAUGAUGAUGUUACAUGUGUUACGAGCAAGAAAAGAUCAGCUUUUUCUUCAUUCAAAUCAUCCGUUCACUCUAUAAAAUCUAAACUCCCAUCUUCACCAGUUAGGCAUAACAUUCCUCCUCAUGUCAAUAAAGAAAACAAUUUCACUCCAUUCGCAAAGAAUCAAACGUCAGUUUUGACGAAUGAAAAGAGAUCAACCUCAAAUUCCUUAAGCAAAUUGAUGAAUUUCACCCCUGCCAAAGAGCCAGAUAAGGUGCCUCCUCCCCCUCCUACCACCCUCAAGAAGGAAAGUUCAAAGGUCGCCCCCAAUGCCGUUAAGAAGUGUGCAACUCCUCUCAAGAAUACUGUGGCAACUUCAGAUGGCGCAUCCAAACGUCCCAUGACAACCCCAUCUUCUGAAAAUAGAAGCAUGACAACACCAAUUCAUCCGACAGCUUCAGGAAGUCAAACAGCCGGUCAUAAAUGGAAUAUUUUGUCAGCUGUUUGUCCCAAGUCUUUCACAGCCUGCCGUAACAAAUUACAAUCACCUAGUUUAUCCACUCCUUUUCUCCUGAGGACAGAAGAAAGAGCUGCAAGAAGGAAACAGAAGCUUGAGGAGAAAUUCAAUGCAAAGGAGGUACAGAAAGUUCAGCUACAAACAAAAAUCAAGGAGAAAGCUGAAAUGGAGAUUAGGAAACUUCGACAAAGCUUUUGUUUCAGAGCUCGUCCCCUGCCUAAGUUUUACCAGGAAAGAGAAACAGCAAAAAAUUACACAAAAAAGACUCCAGUAAAACGUUCUCAGUCACCAAAACCUGGAACAAAGCCCAGUAACAGCACUAUGGUAUCGCAGCCACCUUCUACAUAUUCGACCAAGAAGCGCUCUUACAAGAAUUCAGGAAAGAAGAAUAGCUCAAAACCUUUAAAUUCUCAAACCUUGCCAAUGGUACUGUCUCAUGAUCAGAAUGCAUCCCCAAAUAUUCAACAUCAAUUUGGAGUUUCCCCCAAUUGAAUGUUCAGAGAUGUAUGAUGUAUAUCAACACAUAGUCAUAUAGAAGCAACUUGUGUAUCUUGUGUUAAAGCUAUCUAUAUGCAAGGGAUCCCCCUUAUUUGUUUUUUGAAGAGUUGAAUCCUGGUGUUUAGGCUAAGUUUUCCAGUGUGAACAUUGUUCCAUUUAGUAUGUGCCUUUUCACAUCAUAUAGUAAAAUUCUACAAAGUUUCAGGGUGAA